UUCAUUUUACAACUCCAACAUUGAUGAAUAUACGCGCUAGUGAUUCAUCGAAAAGGAUGGUUGCCACAUUAUCAGGUUGAAUCCCAGCUUUCCAAGUCGACAUGGGGACCCUCCUGAUCUUCUUCUCAAAUAAGGUCAUGAAUUGCUCUCUCUCCCUCCACUAAUUUUUCCUCUUUUGAUCUGCCGACUUGAAUUAUCCUUGGAUUUUUUUUUUUUUCCCCGUUUCUAGUUUGUUUGGGAUGAAUUAAGAUCAAAAUGGGAUUUCCUGAAUACCCAUAAUGAACUAGAAAUAUAUCUUUUGGGAUCGUGCACACAAGGUGUUUGAUGUAAGUCCUGGUACUUUUUUCACCUUCAGUGUGGUGCUUACAAGCUUUUUUUGAUGCUGGGUGUGUCAGAGGAGAAGAAAAUAGCGGUUAUAUUAGACAACAGAAAGUAAGAUUCACCAACAAUUUUCGAUCCCUUUAAAUAUAGUGGGAGAGCCAGAGAUUGAUACACUAGUCAUUAAGCAAACAUCUCCUCCCUGCUUCUUGCUAGUUAAGAACAUCCUGGUUGAGUGGCUGUAGAGAUCAAGCCACUCCUAGCAAGAGAAUUUGUAUAGCUGAAUUUUCUUUAUCAUUAAUCAAAGAUGGAAGCUUUACUACAGAGACAUGUUAUUGGAUUUCCAAUUGGAUCAUCAGUUCAGAGACUCUUACCUGAUCUUGCUGGCCACUACAACAUUCCAUCUCCAGACAGUAAAUACCCAACAUUAAAACAAUGUAGUAAAGAUUCAAUGCUUAGCAGGGUGAACAAGCUUGGUAAAAGAGCUGACAGCUUUGCUCAUGGAGUCCGGGAGCAUGUGAAACUAGGAUCCAAGAUCACAGAAACUGUCAAAGGAAAGUUGAGCUUAGGAGCUAGAAUUCUUCAAGUAGGUGGAUUAAGAAAAAUCUACAAGCAAUUGUUUAAUGUUGGAGAUGGUGAGAAACUAUUGAAGGCUGUCCACUGCUAUUUGUCAACCACAGCUGGACCUAUUGCAGGUCUGCUCUUCAUAUCCACAGCUAAGAUCGCCUUCUGCAGCGACAGAUCGAUCAAAGUUUCUUCCCCCACCGGAGAGCUAAUUCGAUUCCAUUACAAGGUAUUGAUUCCAGUAGGAAAAAUAGAGAGAAUCAAUCAAAGUGAGAAUGUGAUGAAGCCUUCACAGAAGUACAUGGAAAUAGUUACGGUGGAUAAUUUUGACUUCUGGUUUAUGGGGUUCUUGAAUUAUCGCAAAACUCUUCAAUAUCUUCAAGAUGUGAUCUAUCAAGAAUGCAAGAAAUGCUAGAUGAUUUGAGGAAGAUAUUGCAGAAGAAAUGUUCUUUGGUUCCCCUCCCCCUUUUUUAUCAUUUGAUCACAAUACAAUCAACUCAAUUGUACAAAUUCUCUUGUGAUUGACAAGUUAUCUUCUCCACUUCUUCAUCCU